AACUUCGUGCGUACUCCGUGCACGCUAUACGAAAUUGUGAUUUAAUUCUUUACAAAUCACAAUUAUCACAGGAAAAAGUUGCUAAGAGUGCUGUGAUUUUGUAUUUUCUUUUAUUUUAUACGAACUUUAUUAGUGUUUAAGUGAAAAGUGUUGUAAGACGGAUUUUUGUGUUUGAAACACAUUUUUACAGUUGCGGCGUUUUGUGGAUGUCGUGAAAUUUGUUUUUGUGAUAUUUCUUGUGCGAUAAUGUCUUCUGAUUCGAAAUUGACCGACGAGGAGCGAGCGGAGAUUAAGGAGCAAUUCUCACAGCUGGAUACAAGCGGCAACGGCUACAUCGACCUUAAAGAGCUGAAGGACGCUCUUGACAGCGUCGGGUACAAAAUUCCGCAAUGGAAGGUGCGGUGCAUGAUCGAAGAGUACUUCGACAAUGGACACAACAACCGGCGCGGCGUCAACGGCAGCGUCAACGGAGAUGCCCGCAAAAAUGGCAUAACCCUCCCCGAGUUCGAGGACCUCUGUGCUAACCUUAAGGCGCAACAGGUUUCCAGCACAUUCAAACAGGCCGUCAGUAAAAAGGAAAACCUUGAGCAUCUAGGCGGAAUGAGCGAAGCUUCUAGUGAUGGCACAACCCACUCCGUGAGGUUGGAAGAACAGAUGGCGUUCUCCGGGUGGAUCAACAGCAACCUCGAGCACGAUCCGGACCUGAAGCACUUACUGCCCAUCGACCCUGAGGGCAAGCAGCUGUACGAGAAAUUGAAAGACGGAUUGAUUUUGUGCAAAGUCAUAAAUCAUUCUUGCCCAGACACGAUAGACGAGCGGGCAAUUAACAAGAAAAAUCUAACAUUGUACACAAAACACGAGAACCUAACUCUCGCGCUGGUGUCUUCUCAGGCUAUUGGCUGCAAUAUUGUGAACAUCGACGCGCACGACUUAGCUAAAGGCAAACCUCACUUGGUGCUGGGUCUGCUAUGGCAAAUCAUUCGCAUCGGUCUUUUCAACCAGAUCACGCUCGAACACUGCCCGGGUCUCACAGAGUUGUUGAACGACCAGGAGCGCAUCGAAGACCUGCUACGGCUAUCUCCAGAAUCCAUCCUGCUCCGUUGGGUCAACCACCAGCUGGAGAGGGCGGGUGUUACGCGACGUUGCACCAAUUUCCAACAGGACGUGGCCGAUUCCGAGAUCUACUCGUACCUGCUGAAGCAGAUCGCACCGCAGGAAGCCAAUGUUACUCUAGAUGCUCUCAGGGAAACCGACCACCUGCGUCGUGCAGAAGUGAUGCUGCAGCAGGCCGCGAAGCUGCGCUGUCGCGCGUUCGUGUCGCCAGCCGACGUGGUGGCCGGCGUGUACAAGCUCAAUCUGGCCUUCGUUGCCAACCUCUUCAACCAGCAUCCAGCCCUGCAACGGCAGGCUGACGCCGAGGAGUACCACCAGCUCGAUGAGACUCGAGAGGAGAAAACAUACCGCAACUGGAUGAACUCGAUGGGCGUAGCUCCCCACGUGAACUGGCUGUACUCCGACCUGACCGACGGCCUGGUCAUCUUCCAGCUCUACGACAUUAUCAAGCCUGGAAUCGUCAAUUGGAAGAAGGUGCACCGCCAAUUUAGCAAACUGCGCAAGUUCAUGGAGCGACUGGAGAACUGCAACUACGCCGUUGAACUCGGCAGGCAGCUGGGCUUCUCAUUGGUCGGCAUCGCCGGGGCGGACAUCAACGAAGGCAACGCCACUCUGACGCUAGCGCUGAUCUGGCAACUGAUGCGCGCGUACACACUGUCGGUAUUGACGCGGUUGGCUAACACCGGCAACCCCAUCAUCGAGAAGGAGAUCGUACAGUGGGUUAACAACAAGCUGCAGACCGCAGGGAAGUCCUCGGCGAUUAGGAGCUUCCAGGACGAAGUGCUAGCGGACGGGAAGGUGGUGAUCGACCUGAUCGACGCCAUCAAACCUGGCUCCAUCAACUACGACCUCGUGCUGCCUGGAGGCAACGAGCAGGAUAAUCUAGCGAACGCUAAAUACGCGAUAUCGAUGGCGAGGCGCUGCGGCGCACGCGUCUACGCGUUGCCCGAGGACAUUACGGAGCGCAAGCCAAAGAUGAUCAUGACGGUCUUUGCUUGCCUCAUGGCGCUCGAUUACAUUCCCGCUAUGGAUGCGCCCGUGAAUAAGUUUGAGGAGACCCCAGAAAUUGUCAUGGACUCCGCAUACUAUAUGGAUAUGGUCGACCAACCAGAAGAUUCCUUCCAAGACCCAAACGAUUCUGGGCUGGGCUUCCCAGAAAAGCCAGCAUUGCCACCGAAACCAGGAAAUCUUAACAGGUCCAUUCCAAUUGAAGCAAAUGAAUGAUUAAUGUUAUUUUAAAUAGAUACUUAAUUAUUUUUUUAUUUUAUUUUUUAUAUUCAUGCCA